AUGGCUUCCUCCAAAAUCAGCUUGAAGCUCCUCAUUGAUGGAAAGCGGAACAAAGUUGUUUUUGCCGAAGCUGGGAAAGAAUUUGUGGAUUUCCUUCUUAACCUGCUCGCUUUGCCUGUGGGUACUGUCAUUCGGCUCCUCACAAAAGAAACCAUGGUUGGCUGCGUAGCAAAUCUCUAUGAGAGUCUCGAAAAGCUCAAUGAAUCGUACCUGCAGCCUAACCAAAACAAGGAUUCACUUUUAAAACCAACGAUACCAACUCAAGUCGCCAAUCCAAAUUUCUUGCUUCCUGGCACUAAUACAAAACCUGAAGACCGGAAACUAUACUAUUGCAAAAACCAUCCAGGGUACGUGUCCGAUAUUCAGAACUCUAUUUGUAGUCACUGCAGAUCACAAGGCUAUGGUACCGGCUACUUGAAUCACGAAGUGACAUUUGUUGGUACAAGUUGUUCCACCUCAAAAUAUAGAUCAACCGGUGAUCAGGGAGGUUAUGUGAAGGAUUUGGUCACAUACAUGGUGACAGAUGAUUUGUCAGUGUCUCCAAUGUCAAUGGUGUCCGGUGUUAGUCUGCUAAACAAGUUCAAUAUUAAGGAUUUUGGUGUUCUUGAGGAAAGGGCCGUUGAGUUUGAGAUUACUCAGGGUCUGGAAUUGUUGAAGGCUUCUCUUUUGUCAAAUGAUGCUUUGACUGCUGUUUUUUUGAUAAAUCAGAAGGUCAGCGAUGUUGUUCCAACAAAAUAG